UUUUGUAAAAGACAUAUUACAAUACAAAAAAUUUUCACUAAAAACGAGAAAAAUUGCAUAGUUUAAAGAAUAUAUAUUUAAAAAAACUAGAAAAACUAUAAAAUUUGCGAAAUAUAUUAAAAAUUAAUUACAAAUCAAAACAAUUCCGAUAUUAAAGUGAAAAGUUAGAAAAGACAAAAAGGAAAAAUAAAGCACAGACAGCAUCCAGUAGCAAAAAAAAAAUCGAAGAAAAAACGAAAGGCGUAAAAAAUAUAUAUACACAUAUAAUUUUUGUAAAAUCAAGCUGAAAAAGAGAGAUUUGCCACAAAAUUUCUAUUAAUUUUUUUUAUAAAGUUGUUAAAAAAGAAGAAAAACAGAAUUACAAGAUCAUUGUUCUUAUUAAAAGUCAAAGAGUGCAACAAACGUAAGAUUUUUGCAAAAAAAAAAAAAAAAAAACACGAAAAUCAAGGACACUUGACGACCUCGUCGUCGUUAGCGUUGACGGCAAACGCAGAAAACAGUUUUUUAAUAUAUUUUGUGAAUUUAUUAUUAACGGGUUUAGGAAGUAAAAACGUAUCAGAAAGUAAGACCAAAUUGUCUAUAAACCAAAAAGACUACUAAGAUUACUCGUCUCUUUAAACGGGCGAGUUUAGUAAAGGGUAAUCGGAUAUGGCUGUUAAACAGAACAAUACCGAGGGGAACGGUUCUUCAGCAGAUGCUAAUCAAGUAAAUGGCGGCAAUGGAGUAAAGUCGACCGGAACCAUUACAAAAUCAAAGAAAAUGAAUCCAAACGGCCCUAAUGGUGAAGUGGGUGCGGGCGCUUUGGCGUCUGGUGUUGGUUUAGGGCCCAGCGGAAAUGCUGACUUGCCCGGCUGUAGUGGUUCAACAGGAGCUUCGUCUAAAGCCAAAGUAAUGUCUUCAGCCUCUAAUAUUGGAUCCGGGCCAGCAAAUGUCUCAGCCCAAAACAAUGACAUUUCUUACAUCUUGCAAUUGAUCGAUUUGGUUGAGAUGAAACAACAACAGGUGGAUUUAAGCAAGGAAAUGCUCAAAAUUUAUCACCAUCUCAUUGUUAAAUUGGCAAGAGUUCAAUUUCCACGUCAAUCACCCGAAGAUUUAAAGCGUUUCAAGGAGGACAUGGCCAAAGUAGGAGCAUUCUUUGCUAAAAGUACUGAGAAAAGUAUAUACUUUUACUCCUAUUUACCAGUAGUGUGCCAGCUUAUUACUAUGGCUGAUGGUGAAACUCCAUCAUGUGCUCUGGCCGUUAUUUUUCAACUCUUCAACUCGGAAAUGGUUGUGGAAGCAGUGCAAUCAUUGCUGGAACAUGAAGUACCCGAUCAGAACAUACGAAAGACUGUGUGUCUAUUGUGUGAGUGGUUGCGUAUGUGCAAUUUCUGCCAGAAUUUGCAUGUUUGGAUUAUGGUUAUAUUAAACGGUCUGCAGAAACGUAACAAAAGUGCUUUGGUUGAACAAAUCGCAUUGGAAAAUAUUGAACAAUUGUUUGCCUCGCUAAUAGUACCGGUUUUAAGACCUAAAGUUGCACCCAUUGUGUUUCUUAUGUUGUCAUCAGUCGAUCAAAGUCCUGAAGUUUUUCAAAAGAUCUUACCACGUUUUCCUCUUGUUAUAAAUAUGCUCAAACAGCAAUCGAAUAGUAGCGAAGAAUAUGCCGAUAGUACCAAAAAAGUCCUACAACAGUUGGUCGAUCGAACCAGUCAAUUAAUGUCACGAUUUUAUCGUUACGAUGAUCUUUAUGAGCCAAUAGAAUUGGCUUUAAAAGGUUUUCAGCCAUCGAAUAACUACAUGAACUAUGUCUAUGGUUCAACAAUCGAUUCUACUCAAAAUCCAAAUGCCAAAGUGGGUUUGGUUAAUCUGGGUAAUACAUGUUAUAUGAAUAGUGUUUUGCAGGCUUUGGCCAUGACUAAAGAGUUUUCUCGUGAGAUCCUAUUAUCUGAAAGUAAAUCUCCUCUGUUAAUUAAAAUGCAGCAACAGAUUGCGUUUAUGUUGUAUUCCACACGACAAGAGUUGACACCCUCUAAAGUGCUAAACGCUACCAGGCCCCCUGGUUUUUCGCCAGGUCUACAGCAGGACAGUUCAGAAUUCCUUGGUUAUCUUUUAGAAACCCUACACGAACAGGAAGUGGCUUUUCGCAAAAAAGCUACAAAUACUUUGGAAAAUUGUGUGGGUGGUGGUAAAGACACAUCGAGUAAAAUUGUAAACAAAAUGGAAAAUGCCCAAGAAACAGGUGCUUCUGCUCUGUACAAAGAUGAAGAGGACGUUGACGACGAUGAAGGUUAUGUUGAAAAUAUAACAACUAACUCCAACAUAUCUAACACAACAGAUGCCGCCGAUUCUAUUAAAAGCACAAAUUUACAUCCCAUUAAUAAAUCUUCUUCCUCGUCAUCAUCAUCAUCAUCCACAACGACACUUUCCACUAAAACGCUUUCAACAGCAACGGCCACUACUUCGAUUUUAACAAACUCACAAAAUUAUUCGACAAUCGAAAAGACAUUUACUGGCAAAUUGGCCACCACCUAUAAAUGCUUAAGUUGCGGAUGGAAAAGCUGCAACAUUGAUAGUUUUCGUGAUUUACAACUUUCUUUUCCCGAUGUCAAGAAUGAUUGUGCUUCCAAUUAUUCGGUACAGGAUCUCAUCGAAUAUUAUUGUUCAUCGGAAAAACUCUAUGGUGAUAAUCAAUAUUUUUGCGAACGUUGCAAAAAGCUAUCGGAUGCCGAACGUUACAUUAAUGUAAUAAGUGCGCCAAAGAAUCUAAUAUUAACUUUGAAACAUUUCAAAUAUGAUCAGAAAUAUCAUAUGCGUGCCAAAUUGAUGCACAAAGUUUUCCAUGAUGAAAAGGUUUCGCUUAAAGUUUGUUCACCGGAAAAUCUAGAAGAAAUUGCUACUGUUCAUUACGAUCUAUACGCCGGCGUAGUUCAUUCUGGAUUCAGCAUGGAUUCAGGACAUUAUUAUACUUAUGCAGCUGAUGCCAGUAAUAAAUGGUAUAAAUUUAAUGAUAGCAUUGUGACACCAUCCAAAACCGAGGAACUACACAAUCUAACACCACCAAAUACACCAUACAUAUUAUUCUAUCAAAUGGGGGCACGAUCAAAUGAAACGCCGGAAACAUCGGCUUCAACUAAAGUUAUAAAAGUCGAUGUACCUACACCACUCACUCUGGAAGAAUUGCCACGUGAGUUACGCGACAUGGUAACACAUGAUAAUUAUGCUUUCAGUGAAGAACUUAAGAUGAGACGUUACAAAAAUGCCAGUAGUUUAAAUGCGAAUGCAAUGAAAACAAAAGAUCAAAGACGCGAUAGUUUCGAAGAUGACGACGAUGAACAACCACCGCCGGCCAGUGGUUGUGGUGGUAAUGCUAUGAAUAUAAAUAUGAAUAGGUUUGUUUAUUAAAAUUAAGAACUAUUUACAUUAAUUACAUACUAUAUAUAUUUUAUUCGCCUUGUAAUCUUGUAAUUUUUAUUCUUUAAUAUUUUCACGAACGUCUUUUGUAAUUUAAAAAAAAUGAUAUGAAAAAUCAAAGUAACAAAUCAGAAAUUAUUUUGAAAAAGUUUUAAAAAAGUCGAAAGCAUUAAAUUGAUACCAGAAAAAGUACUUUAAAUGAAUGUACUUUAAACAGAAAACGUACACGAAUCAAUGAAUUUGGUAAAUGCUAGACAAGAAAGAAACAAAACACUAUACAUACUACAUGCAUACAUAGAUACAUACAUAGAUACUUUUUAACACAAAUUUCAAAUGCCUUUUGUACAAUAAUGUGUUUUUUUAGGAUUAUUAUGUUUAUUAUUUUUAGUACUCUGAAGUCAAGCCUUAGGAAGACUUCUAAAAUAAAAACAUGAAUGAUGAUUGUAAAAGUGAACAAUUUCGUAAGCACUUAAUGUUUUGAAGAUUUUAUUUUAUUAUACAUAAUUAUAUACAUAUAUAUACAACUUACAUACAAACAAAACAAAAAAAAAAAUAUUCAAAUAUCUACAAAAUACCAAAACUUUCCAAAUUACUUACACCCCUCUUAAAACCCCACCCCAAACCCUUUUUAAACUAUUCCUAUAUGCUAUUAUUUAAUAUUUACUGUUUUUUUUUUGUUCAAAUC